AUGCUAUCAGCUCCGAUAAACGAAUCGAUAGGGAGGCGAACAACGAAGUGCGUGGUAGUGGUCAAAUUGAGUCGACUCCUUACCUGCUAUAUACGACGUCGAUGUAUUAUCGCAUUUUCUAUCAUGUCAGUUUUUCUUCUUAUUGGACGGGGCAUAUUAUUCAAUUCUUCCAAUAAGAGGCCACAGAAUCUGUUAUCGGAUCAAGAAAUAACACAGUCAGUUGUUAACGAUAAUGGGAAACCUAUUGCUGUGGUUUUAGUUAUGGCAGCGAAAAGGGAACGUGCUAUUAGAAAUCACUUAGAUCAAUUAAUAAAAUUACGACCUUCUGCCGUACAUUUUCCCAUUGUUGUCAGUCAAGACGGAGAUAAUCAGGCGGUGAUGGAAGCGAUUUCAUCUUUUACUAAUGAGGAAAAGAAAAUUAGCUAUAUUCAUUAUAAGGAAGAAGCAAAGCAUCCUGGUGAUUUGGAUUCUGCUUCCAAUAAUUAUUUUCGCAUUGCACAUCAUUAUAAAUGGGCUCUUGACAAAGUAUUUUUUGAAAUGAAGCAUGAGAUAGCGAUCAUUACUGAAGAUGAUCUUGAUUUAGCGGAUGAUUUCUUUUCGUAUUUUGCGGCAUCAAAACCAAUACUACUUAUUGAUGAAACGAUUUGGUGUAUCAGUGCAUGGAACGACAAUGGAGGUGCUGAUAUUACUGAUCGUAAACAUGGAGAGAAACUUUAUAGAACAGAUUUUUUCCCAGGAUUAGGAUGGAUGCUUACGGCAAAGUUAUGGAAUGAAUUAUCAGCCAAUUGGCCCGAGAUGUACUGGGAUGAUUGGAUGAGACGUCAAGAUGUACGCAAAGAGAGAGUUUGUAUCCGACCAGAAGUUUCAAGAACUUCUCAUAAUAAUAACCUAGCGGGGAAAGGUUCGAGUGGUGGACUGUACAAGAAAUAUCUGGCCUCUAUUCGUUUGCCUGAAGUAGCAGUUGAUUUUUCGAAAUUGGAUUUAAGCUAUUUAAUCAAAACUAACUACGACAGUUUAUUAAAUCAAAUAAUGUCACGUGCUGCUAUGUUAUCAGUAGAUGAAUUUUUGGGUGGGACUUUUUCUGGAUCCGGUCCAUUCUUUAUUACAUAUAAAACGCCCAGGGAAUAUCGACGGCUUGGAAAAUCUGUUGGAUUGAUGCUUGAUAUUAGGUCUGGAAUGCCACGAACCGCAUAUUACGGCAUCGUAACUUUCAUGUAUAAUUCGGAACGUUUUUACGCAGCUCCGGAAAAGUUAAAUCUUUCUGCAUAUGAUUUUGGUCUGCAGCCUUCAUCUUACUAUUAUGACGAAAAAUGGGAUAAAAUGACUCGUUACCUCGAAUUCCAGGAAACGUACUGCAUACCUACAAAGUAUAACGGAAAAUGCGACCCGAAGGAUCCAGAUCUUAUUGCAUGGUUUAAGAAAAAGAGGUUAUCAAAAAGACUGAAGCAUUGGGGUGAAAUGAUCGUUAACUAA